UGAAGAAGUUUUCGCGAUCGUGAUAAAAUUGUAUUUUUUUUCGUUUCGUUUUCUUUUUUUUUUAUUUCUGUUUAUUGUAUAAUAUUUAUUUAAAAAAAAAAAUAUAUAUAUAUAUAUAUAUUACAACAAAAUUCAUUUAUAUUAUUAUUAAUUAAAAUAUUUUUAAAAAAUAACUAUACACGUUACAUACAUAAAUAUAUAUAAAAAAAAUGAAAUAUUGAAACAAGAAAAAAAAAAGAUUUUUUUUUAAAGUUUAUUCAUGCACACAUUUGAUAAAAAAAAUAUAAAUAUAUAUAUACAUACAUAUAUACCUGCAUAUAUCUACCUAUAAAAUUAUAAUAAUGGGGAUAUAUAUGUGUUGAAACAAGUAGCUGGCUGUUACAAAAAAAAAAUGUUGAAUGAAAAAUAAUAAAAUACCUAUACGUAUGUACAUUAUUAUAUACAAAUAUAUUUACAUGCAUAUAUAAAAUAUAAAAAGUGCAAAAUCAAAAACAAGUUUUUUUUCCAUUUUUUUUUUAAACGUAAUGGGUAUUUGGCCUCCUCUUGUCUUCUUGUAGCCGUAGAAUAUGACUUUCAAUGGAAAUUGUUUAAUAAUAUAUUAAAAACAAAUAAUAUUUAAAAUUUUGGUUUAUUAUACAAUUGUUUUUCUUAUAACUUAAUCUUAUGAUUUUGAUGUUAAAGCAAGAUGGUAAUGGAAAUUAAAGAUACAAAUUAAAUACAUAAUUUUUUAUCAUCCAUCAUACAUAAUUAGAAUAAUUGGAAGAUCUUCAAGAAAUAAGACAAAAAGAAAUAGGAUUGUUAAAUUAAUCUAUAAGGAAAUAAGAAGAAGAAGCAAGAAAAGAAAAAAAUUCCAUUGUUGUGGACAAGAAAGUAGAAAAAGAAAAACAAAGAGAAAAAAAAUGCAUGAACUAUUUACAAAAGUUUUAUCUAAAAGAGAUCUGUCUAGAGCUGGUGAAUUAUUUUCAAUACCAGAUGGUGAUAUUGUUAAUGACAUUAAUAGUGUGUUAAGCGAAAUUGAACUGAUAAUAUUACAGCCAGAUUAUUUGCAAAAUACAAAUGAUCAAUCGGUUGUAGAAAUAUGUAUAUCAAGAGUUUUAUCAUGUAUUCGAGAAACGAAUACGGUAGAGAGAUUUUGUUCAUCUCUCGAAGAUAUAUUAGAAAUAUGUCUACAUUAUAAUUUAAAACCUACUGGAUCUAGUAAAGAAGAUCCACCACAUGCUAAGAUAGCAGCUGAUAUUACAUCUACUAUACUAUUGGAUUACAAAAUUAAUUAUAGACAAAACAAAGAUAAAAAAGAUGUGAUGAAAAUAUUUUUACCAAUUGCUGUUAAAUUUCUUCCAAAAGGCAAUAAAGAAUUAUCAAAAAAUUUAGCUAUUUAUUUAUCAUUGGCUGCUAUAGAAUAUUCACAUUUAUUAAGCCCUCAAGUUGGUUUAAUUAUGGAUUCAAUUCUUGCAGGAAACUAUGGACUGUGUAAAGUAUUACCUCAACUUUAUGAUGUCUCACCAGAUAAAAUAUCAAUGAAUGCAUCACUAUUAGUAAGUUUAUUACCGCAAUGUGAAACUCCUGAAAAAUUAGCAUUAUUACAACUUUUUACUUUAAUAGCUCAAAAAAAGCCGACUGUUUUAGAAUCAAGUUUAAAGGAUUUAUUAGAAUUUUUAAAUGAUAAAACAAUUACGUUAGCUACAAUGUCUGUAUUACUUAAAUUUGCAGAAAAUAGACCUAAUUUAAUUUUAAGUUAUUUUGAUAAUAUUAAAAAUUCUGCUACAGAAAAUCCGACAAUCGCUUUGGCUGCACAAAUAUUAUCAACGUCGGGUAAAAUUAAUAAGGAAAAAGCACAAUCAGCAUUAGAUUUUGUUCUUGAACAUUUACCACAUGCUGAUCGCACAACUCAAACUAUAUUAAUGCAAGAAGCAACAAAAUUAUGCUCAACAUAUCCUGUUUUAUUCAGUGAUAAAGUUUUAUCUUGCAUAAGGCAAAAGAAUACCUUAAGUCAACAAUUAUCAACGACUGAAAUAGCUAAUAAAACAUCGGGAGGUGUUACAAUAGUUAACUUAAAUUCACCUACAACAAUUGUCACAUCUUCUACAAUAAGUACGAUAUCAAAACCACCGCUUUCAAUUGCUGCGAAUUCAAUUGCCAUAACAACUGCUACUACAACAAAUUUAACACCGUCAAUUGGAAUCAAUAGUAUAACAUCAAAUACGAUUUCAGGAAAUCAUGUUGUAACAAUCAGCACAAAUAAUAGUAUAAGUACGGCAGUGUCAGCAAUUGAAUCAGCAAUAACAAUACCAGCCCCAGUACCUGUAGCUUCUGUUACGACAACCCAGUCACAGUCAACACAUACUGGUUAUACGAGACGUGUUAAAUUAGGAGAUUCCAGAAGUACAGGAAAAUUACAUCAUUCUAGUAAUACACAUAGAAGCAUGACAAGACUGCAUGGAGGAUCUGUUGGAGGAUUACAUAAAAGUAUCGACAGGUUAAGUUCAUCACAACAAAUUAACAAUGGCCAUUCUAGUGGAAAUGUUGCCCAACAGCAAGUUAAUACUCCAAUACCUUCUAACAAUUACAUAUUUACUCUGGGUAUACCAUCAACAACAAAAAUUACUUCUGGUGGUGUAACUGUAACCGCUGGAGGGCCUGUUACUUUAUUAGAUCCUUUAAAUCAAUCGAGCGGUUCGAUUUCAACAACGCCCACUGUCAGUGCUAUGCAAAAAUCUAUUACCUCUUUUCCAGUUAAUUCCGAAGUUGUUGUGUCUGGACCUACUACAAAUGUAACUAGACGCAAUGAUAAUACCAGUGUGACACUUUUGAAUGCAAAUAGUAGUAUUAUAAAUCAAAGGAUGAGUACAUUUGAACCGUAUCAAAUAAUGCGAGAUCCUGUGCAACAAUUUUGUGAAAAAAAUUUUCAUUCAAUUAAAAAAUAUAUGGACGAGUCAUCACAAUUCUUGCCACCCCCAACAAAAUGCACAUUAGAAGAAAGGCGAAGUAAAAAAAUUGCAAAAUUACAUUUCGCAUGUCAAAUUCGUGGACCACAUUGUUUGUACUCACAAAGAACAUCAUGUUUUACAAUGCGAACUAAAAAUCCAAAAACUUGGAUACAUUUAAUGUUUUUAGAUUUUCAAGUUAGAAAUUAUGUUAAAGAAAAAUGUGUACUCAGUACACGAGAACCUGGUAUUAGCAAUUUAAAAAAUCUUUGGCAAUUACUUAAAUGUGAAAAUCCAACUUUUACAGAAUUGGUAACAAGUCAUUUUCCAUCAGUUAAGGAUCGGGAACAUUUAGUUAAUGAAUUACGACAUUCUGGAUUCCUUGAUGUAUUCGAAGUAAUGAAAACUGAUAAAAGUAAACCUAAUGCAAAUGAGCUCGAAUAUCAAUGGGGUUGUUUUCUAUGUAAUCAUCCUGAUCGUGCAGCAUUUUUACAUGGUAAUAAUCAACCAAUUAUUGAAGGUCAAUUAAAAGAGAAAAAAGGUAAAUGGAGAUUAUUUCGACGUUGGCGUACCAGAUAUUUUACAUUAUCAGGAGCACAUUUAUCUUGCAAAGGAUCGAGUGGUGGUGAAAGUAUUGAUGUAAAUCAAAUUAGAUCUGUAAAAGUGUCAAGAGGUGCAAGAAAUAUUCCAAAAGCAUUCGAAAUUUUUACUGGUGAUCAAACAUUAAUUUUAAAACCAAAAGAUGAAAAAAGUGCUGAAGAAUGGGUGCAAUGUCUUAGUAUAGCUGUAGCACAUUCACAAGCAACAGUUAAAACACAUAGUCUUCCCUCACGUGGUAUAGGUAAUAACAUUAAAUCGUUUUAAACGAUGAAUAAAAUUUAUGUUUUUUUUUUUUUUAUAUAAUUUUAUUUUUUAAAUAUCUAAAAGAUAAAAAUAAAAUUAUAUUAUUAUAAAAAAUUUUUAUAUUUAAUUUGUAACAAAAUGACGUAAUUGUUAUUUAAGUA